CGUCGCUAGCUUCUCCUUUGCUCCUUCCUAUCCUACCUCCUAGUAAAAUUCUUCCUUUCUCCCACCGUAAUUAGAGCGAGCCAGCUUACAUUGCCAACAUCAAUGGCAGGUUCUAUAGGUGGAACUGGUUCGUCCAAUCCCUUACCAAAUCCUUCGGCUCCCAAAAUCCUAUUAGCCAAGCCAUCAGCCGGGCCGGUCCCUGGUAAAUUUGGACGCGGAGGUGUUGAAGAUGAAACGGCGCCACACCGGGCCCGUCUCCCUCCCGUUGGUUCCCUCAACCUCCUCUCUGAUUCCUGGGAGUUCCACAUCGAUCGCUUUUUGCCCUUUUUGACUGAGAAUACUGAUUUUAGGGUGAUUGGAAUCAUCGGUCCACCAGGUGUAGGCAAGUCAAUGAUCAUGAAUGAGCUUUAUGGUUUUGAUGGGAUCUCACCUGGUAUGCUACCACCUUUUGCCAUACAGUCAGAAGAGACUAGAGCAAUGGCAAGGCAUUGUACUGUAGGUAUUGAACCAAGGAUUUCUGCUGAACGGCUUAUACUACUCGAUACGCAGUCUGUUUUUAGUCCUUCGGUUUUAUCUGAGAUGAUGAGACCUGAUGGAUCAUCCACAGUUUCAGUACUAAGUGGCGAGUCCCUCUCUGCUGAGCUGGCUCUUGAAAUUAUGAAUAUCCAGCUUGGUGUUCUCCUAGCAUCCAUUUGUCACAUUUUGCUGGUGGUGUCUGAGGGAGCUCAUGAUAACAACAUGUGGCAUUUAAUGUUGACGGUUGACUUACUGAAACAUGGCAUUCCUGAUCCAUCUUUAAUAACCCCUCCCCAUUCACAGAGCUCUACUGUGGGGCCUGACAAAGAGGCCAAAGAUAAUGUUCAUGAGGGUGAAGAGUAUAUGGCUACUCCUGUUUUUGUGCAUUCAAAGCUACGAGAUCAAGAUCUUUCUCCGCCUAAUAUUGUGCAAAUGCAGAAGGCACUUUUACGAUAUUUCGGUUCCUCUUCAUUUAUGAGACAUAAAUGUGGAAAUACUAAGAUUAAUGCUAAAGAUACAGCACUGCUUAAUUUAUUUGUGAUGCCAUAUAAGGAUAAAGAUGAUUCUCCCAGAGCUGAGUGUGAAAGCUACGUCUCCUCACUGUGGAAAUUACGGGAUCAGGUCUCUUUUCACACAUCUUUUUUCCUCCACCAGUGCCUCCCUCUGCUCUGCCUCUUUCUUCUUCUGCCGUCUCAGGAAUGCAGCAAUAUUUUAACUUUUCAUAAGUCAAAAGGUUUUGCUUCAUGUUAUCAGAUUUAUAACAAGUGUUCUUCACAGGUAUUAUCCAUGAGCUGCCCUUCUUUUGCGAGGAAUGUUUCUGAACGUGACUGGUUAAAAAGUUCUGCCAAGAUAUGGGAAUUAGUGAAGAGCUCUCCUAUAAUUGCCGAGUAUAGCAGAACAUUACUAAGUUCUGGUUUGUUUAGGAGAUAACCAUUGUCAUCACCUAUAAUUGACUCAUGUAUCGGGAAAACGAAGGAUGAUUUUCUGGAUAGAAGCUAGCCUGUUUUACUUACUAUUUUGUAUGCUAAUUGACCUCUUUCAUGUCAAGCUUUUGAAUAUUGUAUUGUAGUUAGGGUUGCUGAAAAGACUUGAUAUAUUGAGAUAUAAAUGUUGUUUCUAUCAA